AUGCGAUGUAUUCUCAAAUUUUUCAUACUUAUUUUUGUACCGCAAGGUUUGUUUUUUUUGUAUAUAUUUGUUAAAAUAAGAUCUCUAUUUCAGUUAGUGUAUGCGAUGAAAUUUCUCGAUUUUUUUCAACGUCAGUUUUUGAACGGUUACAGCCGGAUGUCAUAAGGAUAUCUUUAAAUAAAUUAGGUAAAUUUUUCCAUUUUUCAACACAAUUUCAACGGUUUUUUUCUUUCAGAUUUGAAUAUUGUUGCAACUUUAAAAACCGAAUCACAAAGUUUAUAGUGGAAAUUUUAUUGUCAGAACGGCCACGGAGACAAUAAAAACACGAGAGAAGCGAGUAUUUGGCUUCUUUUUCAGGUUGGUUUUUUUUUUUUUUGCAAGUAUUUAUGCUCCAAAAUUGGGACAUAAAAUCUGAAAAGCUUCUGGAACUAAUACUCCGGUUCCAGGACUCAAUGAAGACAUUUAAUUUAACAUCACAUGUCCCUCCAAACCCCUCAAAAACUUUUAAAGACAGUUUUUCGUCUUUCAGAAAGUUUACCCGGCCGUGGAUCUCUGUCCGAAAUUGCUGAAGAUGCGUUCAUUGGGUCGUUACUCCUUCCCGAAGAUACUUUAUACUUGGACCCUUACAAUUGGCAUUUCCCAACUAAAGAAAGGUAAAACCGCUCUACUUUUGAAAUAUAUAAUCUGUUUUCAGUAACAAGAUUAUCGCCUAUUUUGAUUCUGACAUCACCAGGAACACAAAUAGAUCCCUGGGAUACAUUGACAAAUCGACGGUCAGAUUUUAGAAAUGGUUUUUAUGCUUGGAAAAUGCUAAAAAAAACAUUCUGAAAUCAGUUAUUUUGCUUUUUAUGGAACAUUAAAGAUGAGUGUUUCUCAAAAAGUAGAACAUUUCUUUUUUUAGUGAAAUUUUCACGUUACCCUGGAAUUUAAAACGCGCAAGUAGUUCAUUCGCGCUCGCUCCUGGAAACUGAAAAAUCUCAUUGAUACUCAGGAACUUCAGAGUGACCCCUAUAGGGGACUAGUUAAUCGAUAGAUGUUAUGAACUCUAAGCGAAGAAGCAUUUUUAUGGAAAAACUGAAUAAAGAAGCGUUUUUUAAAUUAAACUUGAAAGGCUCUAUAAAGGCACUUGAACUUUGAGGGUUAAAGGCUCAGACCCUAAACCCAUAUAAGGACUACUUCAAUUUUACUCCUAUAGGAAUCAAUUUUUUGACCCUCAUAAGGGUUUUUUUUCCUCCAUGAACCUUAUAGAAACCACCCUGGAAUUCCUAGGUAGGGGCAAUUUUCGUAAACAUCAGCAUAAAUUUUUGCGUUUUUCGAGUGAGAACUGAUAGAUAUUUUUCAAAUCACGGUCAAAAAAGUUUUUAAAUGUUCAGAAUUCUCCACAAAGACCGAACCCAUUCCUGUCCUACCAAAGACAGAAAAGAGAUGUCUCAUACGCCGUGAAAGAUGUCGAGAAAAACCGCUGCGAAUUGAAAAUCGUCGCAGAUUACACGUUUUUCAAAGUGGUCGGAAAGCAGAGCAAAGCCAUCACAAUCAAAUAUUUGGUAUUCUUUCCAUAAUUGUAUGAAAAAUUCGGUUAUUUUGAGGUCAAUACAAUCGCCAGGGUGAAUGAAAUUUAUACCUCGGUCAAUUGGGACGAAGGAUUUGAGCAUGAACUGGAGAAUAGACAAAGGGGAAGGUUAGUUUUUUAAAUUUAAAUUUUGAAAGUUGUAAAAUUUUUUUCAGAUUACGAAAUAUCGGCUUUUCUAUCAAGGAAAUCGCUGUUCUUGAGAAACCUAGCCCAAAUAGGCAUCACUACAACUACCACUCUGAGGAUGAUAAAUGGAACAGUAAAAAGCUUCUUGAGGUUUGGAUGUUAUGAAAAAGUGCUCGCAUUAUUUGAAGUACAGAAAAAGCUUCUGAACGACUAUUUUUCGCAAUUUUCUUAAGAAAAAUGGGAGUUGAAACUACAAAUUUCACCCCGCUCAAGUUGGAGUUAGGAAAUUGGCUUUUAAACCUCCGUUUUCUGGAAGAUCAUGAAAAACCCUCGAUUUUUCAAACUAAAUAUGAAUGAACUAUUUUUACUUCAAAAAUUAAAAAAAUCUCUAAACCUUUCAGGCUUUUUCAUUCGAAGAAGGCUCCUCGAACUUCUGCCUAGUUAUGCUGGUCACCGCGAGAAACUUCGAAGAAUCGGAAGUUUUGGGCCUUGCCUACGUUGCAAGACCUCCUCAAGAUGGUAGCGAUGUCCCUGGCGGCUUGUGCUCCACGGAAAACAACGUUUGAUCAAAAUGAAGUUAAUACUUUUUUUCUCGGGUUUCCAGGUCAACAAUCGUUAUGUUCCUGUGAACACUCUAUUCACCACGGCUCUUUUGAGCAACGGAGAAAACGGUAUCACGCAAGGAACAGACAUUAUUGUGGCUCACGGUAAGAGGAAAUUUUUUCUUUAAGGUCUUGAAACACUGGGGUGAAACUUAGUUUUGGAAAAAAUCUGUUAUUUUAGGUUUUUUGACAAUCCCUGAUUCCUAAACCCCUGAACUUUUCAUGAUUUUGCUCCAGUUAUGAUCCCUGAAGUUCCAAAAUAACGCAUAAAUUCAGGGUGUUUGAUAUUUUUGACCUUUAUAAAGCGACGAAAAAUGAAAGGGUAAAAAUUUUUUCUCUUUUGAAUCAGAAAACUUCAAGUCAUUUUUUUCGCAAAUUUUGAAUUAUUUUUCGCUUCUAUUUUAAAGCUCGUUCUUGACUGGCUCAUAACGUAUAACUUUCAUUCAAAUUAAGGCAAUAAAAAAAAUCGGCUUGCGAAUUGAAUACUUAAAGUAGGUCCUUGCGCGCAAGUAAUUUCAGGUCGGGUGUGGGGAAAAUCCACUUCCCUCGUUGAGCUUUUUGAAAUGACGUCAUACGCUUUAUAUAAAUUGUCUUGAAAAUAAUUACUGUUGGAGAUUAGCUAGAUCAUUUCCCUUUUUUCGGGGCCAAAUGAUUAAACUUUUCCUUUUUCUUUUGCAAAAACCGGAAUUUUUCAGAAUUUGGUCAUGCUUUCGGUGCUCCACACGAUCCCGAGCCGACAGAAGGAAGAGGAGAAGAAAAUGACAACUGUUUUCCAUCUUUCAAAGAGGGCGGUUCUUAUAUCAUGCACCGCUAUGCUCAGGCCGGCUACGAUCGCAAUAAUUAUGUCAGUUGAAAUUUUUUCUUUUUCAUGAAAAAAAGUAUAUUCCAGCUUUUCUCUCCGUGUUCACGCAAAGUGAUUCGAACGCUGCUGGGACAGAGAUUCGAAACGUGCUUCACUAAGGAGAAAACAUCAGAUUGUGGAAAUGGAGUCAUCGAGGACAGUGAGCAGUGUGAUAAUGGAGACAAUGAGGCUUUGCUUCAUACUCAAGGAGGUGAUAAACUAUUUUUAAAACUUAUUUUUUGAAACAGCAAAGCUAUUUAAGUACUUUUCCCAAACGUAUUCCUUUUACUCAAAUUUGAAAUUCUUCCGCAUCGACAUUUUGGAGAAUACUCGCGGGACUUAAACUUAUUUCUCAGGCGCCAGAUGUUGUGACAAGUUCUGUCAACUAGCAGUCGGUGCAGUGUGUUCCCCCAAUAACCACGCUUGCUGUUCGGAUCAAUGCCAAUUUCUCAAUAAUACGCACGUUUGCCUACCAGGAGACACUUUCCACUGCAAGGGUGAUUCUCAUUGCUCGUGAGUUUUUUCUUACAGAAUUUAUUUGGAGACCUUAAAAAGACAUCCCAUCAAGAAAAUAAAAAAAGUUCAUUCACUGGGGCCCAUGCGAUCGAUUGAGAUGCUCAAAUUCAAAAACUGAACUUUUUUGUCAUGGAUGACUCUUGAAAUCAAUAUUUGUUCCUUUAAAGAUUCCCAUUUUUCAGUUAGGCGAACAUUUUCAAAUCUGCAUCAUAUCAUUAAUUUUUGAAAUGUUUUCAUAGCUCUCGAAUUUUCAGAGGAAUCUCAGGAGAGUGUCCUGAACCGCCACCAGUUAAGAACGGCCUGCCCUGCUUCGAUAAAGGAGAAUGCCAAAAAGGCGUUUGUGUUCCGUAUUGUGAAAAAAAUCGGCAAGAUGAGCUGCAUUUGUGAAAAAAAUGUAUGUUUAAAUAAUAUUCUGAUCUAAAGAGAUUUAAAAAAAUUAAAUUUUUUUAAAAAAUUGAUAAAGGUUCUUCAAGACAUCUUGACAUUGUAUCAGUCUGAGAAUGCACUUUUCCUUUUUUUUCCAUCACUUUUUUGAUUUGAAAAAGGAAUAUUUUGUCUAUUCCAGUGGAAGAUUCGUGUCACCGGUGCUGCAGAAGUUCCAGUAACGAAACCUGCGUAAUUGAGCCUUCUGGGGGGCUUCUGCGGGAUGGGACCAACUGUUUGCAGGGCUUUUGUAAAAACGUGAGUUUCCAUCAAAAUACACUUUGAAAUUCAAAAUUUCAGAGCAUUUGUGUGAAUAAAGUGACGGACAAUGUGAUAAACUACGUCACCAGUUUGAAGGAUAGCCAGCGGUUAUGUUAGUUUUCUCUAUUGAUUACUUUUUUUAUAGAUGUUUCAAAUAAAAAAAUAUCAACUGAAUAGAAAGUGAAAAGUUGCAACCGACCUUCAGCGAUUCGCGCUUCUUUCAUUUUUAUUAAAGCCCGUUUUUUUAAGAUGAGCAUUCUUCUAUCACGAAAAUCUGUUUACAUAUUUUAGUAAUUCCAAAUAUGGUAGUAAAUGAGUCAUGAGAGCCUUUGAAAAUACAAAACCUUUCCAAUUUCAUUCUUAUUUUGUUUUAAAAUUUAAUUUUUGAGGGACCUUCUUCAAAAACAAUAUUGUCCUGUUCCUCGUAUUUAUUGUCACGGUUUUUCUGGAUACCCGUCAGCUACUGUGUCUGCAAACAUGUGAGUACACUUAAAUCAAAUAUUUUCCAUAAUUCUUUUUUUAUUUCAGGACAGCAAGGAGAAGAAAAUGAGCAAGAAAAAGCUGAAAAACGUGGUUGUGGCCAGUGACCUCGUCAAACAAGAAUCUAUUAUUAUUUGAUUUUAUUUUAAAUGCUUUUCAGUUACUUCACCACAAGCUGGGGAAAAAUGUCUAAGAUACGAAUUUCUCUUUCAAAAAAUAUAUUUUUGCUAGCUAAUCAUGAAAAAAUAAAUCAGUUUCAGUAAUUCAUUCAUUCAGACCUUUCCCAGAAUCAAUUGGAUCAUUGUUAUAUUGUUAUUUUUUUAUCUAUUGCUCAUUAUCUGAUGCCUUCUCACAAAAAAAGUUCUGCUCAUUUUCGAAUCUCUUUCUCAUUUUUUUCCAGCUUUUACUUAACCGGUGAUCUUGUUUCUAUGAAAAAAAUGCUUUAGCGUAUUUUAAAUUCAACGAAUCUUUGUUAAAAAAAGUCUAAUAAGGGUCUUAAUUAUAUUGUCAAGCAAAAAGAAACUAAGGUUUGUGAUCGGAUUUUUUUCUGAUGUUGUGAAGUGCCUCAAAUUGAAUUUCAGUGAAAGUAAAUGAUUUUAUUGUUUUUUUCUUGCAUUUCAACAUGUUCCAAGUUAUGGGGCACGCGAUUUUUUUGAUUUGGAAAAAAAGUAUUUGCCGAAAUAUUUUAUUUGGGUGUAUUUUUUUAUUUAAAAAUAAGGUACGGGAUGUUAGAAAUUCUCUACUGUUGUUUUAAUGUCGUAGAAGUCAAUUUAAGUAAUAUUUUCGAUAUAAAAUGCAUAGGAAACCGCGGGACACAGCUCCUUUUCGAAAGCUUCCCGCCUUGUUUGCUCCACGGCGAAUUUCACAGCUCUCCGUUGUUUUUGUUGUUUUUCUGCGUUGUUUAUAUUUUUUCAGUACACAAAUUGCGUGAGCAACGCCAGUGACGUCAGUGAAAACGUGUGGGGAACAUUUCAUCGAUUGAUUUCGGUUCCGUUGCGUGUUGCCAUUGCCGCUCCAGUGAUCAUUUGCCUUAAUGAUUCUCACUGGCUAGUGGAACAGUUCUUCUCUUUUUUCUUUCAUAUUGAAUUCAUGAGUUUUUUCCUUGAAGAUCUGAUUCAUGUGAAAAUUAUCAAGGAUUUUGAAAAUUUCCUUUAUUUUGCUUGCGGAAACGAAUUUGAUCUGGAUUUUUGACAUUUUUUGUGAUAAAACUUAUUGAUAUCUUCUUAGUAGUUGCUACUGUUUAAUGAAACUUUUCGGCUUCUUUUGAGAAAAAAAAAAGUCAAGAAAAACAAAAUUCGUACCAAUAAAGUUCAAUCAUGAGCAGCCUUGUAUAUAUUUUCACCUCUUUUUUGAAAACGGUUUCUUUCUUAGCUAUUAUUUUGACCGAAAAAGGGACUUUGAAAAAAAUCAUGUACCCUAUUUGCCAAAUAGAAAUAAUCACUCAGUCAUGAAAAAAAUAUUUUUUUACACGCUUUUUUUUCGAAAAUUUGUUUGGCACACAGAAAACCUUCGUUGGGGUAAUGUUAUAAAUUUUUCUCUUCCGUCACAUUUUUUUUUACCAAGAUUCCAGAAACACCGGUGCGUAAUGUUUUCCAAUUCGCUUGCCUUCCACCUUCAGAAAAUAAAAAAACCUUCAAACAUCUUGAUUUCCUUCCCUUUUACUCUUGAACCUCUCAAGUUUCAACUCGCGUGACUCAUUGCUCGUUUUGAAAUUUAAAGUGUAAAACGUUAAACUGAGUGCGACGCUUCGUUUUGACUCAGAGCACCACUAAAAAUAUUGAUCUUAGAAGAUUUCCUACCAAGCGGUCGUGGCUGGCUCCUGAAGAUGCUGCGGUUAUUUAUCUUUGCUUUUCUGACGAUUGGUGAGUUUUGAAUUAUUUUUUUGAAGGUAAUAAUUUACGAAUUAUUUAGUUUUUCAGGUGGUUUUGAUGCUUUGGUUUUGAAUUUUGUAGGAUCGACGAGUUUUUGAGAAAAGUGAUUUUUAAUCUUACCACGCCCAGAUAAAAUAAAAGUCUUAAAAUUUUUCCAAACUUGAUUUCUUCGAGCUUGUCGUGGUCUAAAUAUUCUGAAUUUUAGUUGGAUUUGCCGCUUCAGCCUACCCAAAUGACACCCUCACUACGACGACGCCCAAAGGUGGAACUUCUAUCGCAGGUAUUUUUUCAGCAAUUAUAUCCAUUUCAUAUUUUUUCUCAAAGAAAUUUUUGAUUUUUCAAUCUUACGCUUUUAGGAACCUUCGUGACGUGCCACACUUCAAUGGAAAAUUGCCUCGAAGCUUGCUACAUGGAAUGUUUCGUGGCGGAUUUUUGCAACGAUGUUCCGGACCGAGUCGCUUGUGCUCCCGGCCUUCCACAGUUUGUUUUAAAUUUGAUCGAUUUAAGUUAUGAACGGAAAUCGGCAUUUUUUUUUCAAAAUUAGCAAAUGUUUCUAGAAAGAUGUAUGAAAUCGGCAACUUUCAGUGAUCCUGUUUAUCUCAAAAACUAUCCGAACACAAAAAAGCUUCAUCUGGUUUAUUUCCUGUUUCAAGAUUCAUUAAAAGGUCUUUACCAUCUUCCAGAAAGUGUAAGUACACAAAAUGAAAAUUUUCACUUAGUCGUCAUUCUCUGGAAACCAAGAAACAUUGAAAAAACUAACAAAAUCCAUCAGAAACUUAUGAAACACCUGAGCAAACAAACCUCGAGCGGCCAGGUAAAACUCCUCUACAUUUUCCGAGGGUCCAAAUAUUGUCACAAUUUGUCAUCGACUAGUUAGCGCCUCUUCUCUCCACCCAGUCUUCAUUUUCCUCUUGCUAUGGAUUCCCCAACUCCUGAGCUGAUUGAGAAUAAAAUAGUCAAAUCUGGAGUCGACUGUCUACUUGAACGGCUUUCUACCGUUCGGAAAGUCUACGAGUGGUCGGAAAACUACGAAUAUGUGUGUUCCGACGUCGACUGGCAGUAAGUUUCAAGCAAAAAAUUCAAUCUUUUUACUGAAACACUCAAUUAGAUUUAAAAACGCAUGGGCAGCUUUACUAAAUUGGGUCUUACCGUGAAAAACCUUUUUUUAACGGUUGUUUGGGCUUCAGAUGUUAUUGAUGUUUCUCAAAGAGGUGAUAAGCGUUCCUUAUUGAGUUAUAUUCAGUCUUUUGGAAAUCUCUUUCUACGAUCCAUUAAUAGGAAUCGGGUGGAAAAACUUCGACUAAAAAAAUAGCCCAAAAUUAGUUUAGCUGGUCUUGUUGCGAAGCGGCUUUUUUUUUGCGGUUCAUUUUUUUUUUUGGAUGCCUAGGAACAUCUGCUAAACUUCUAGCAAUCCAUUUCAAGUUGAAUCAACUUUCUCCCGAUUUUUACCUAAGGAAGAUAUGACCUUUUCUCAGGCUUUGAUAAUCUUUUUGAACAUUUUUUUCCUCAAUUGAUGCUCCAGCUUAAAAACCAGGGAUGACUGUAUAAUCAUGCCAUAUAUACUUUCGAAAUAUUCCCAGAGCUCGCGGAGCAAAACGAUGAGUCAUCGGCUCUUUUUGGCACGCGUGAGGGCAACUCCGCCCCACGCACUCGGAAAAAAUCGGCCCAUCGGCCUAGGAAAACAGAACCACAAUGUAUUUAGUGGUAGUUCGAAAGUUUAUUCAAGCUUUUGACUGGUUUUUCUCUUAAAACUAGCUCGAAACUGUCGCGAAUCUUUUCCGUAAGGCUUCGAAAAAUUGACUCUGAGCAAAAAAAAAAUCUCAUUUAGAAACCUUUUCAAAUUUAGAAUCUAUUUGAAGCAGUAAACCACUUUUAGAUUCCAAAAAUGGUUUUUUAAAGCAGUUUUCUAGAGUUCAAUCUAUAGUUAGAGGUGGUUUUUCGAGGCAAUAUUUUCAUUAGAACUCAUAACUUUCAUAAAUUUUGAUCUGUUACAAAAGAAAAAUCUAAAAAAACGUGAUAAUAUUAUUUUUUUCAAGCUCAACCAGUAAAAGAAAAAAAGAAAAGACCGAGAAAGGAAAAAAAUGACGAAAUGUAACUUCCAAUUACAAUUAUUCGCUUGCUCUCGAGGUCAUUUGCCUGGAUCUUCCUCCCAUUUUCAAGGCUGUGUGUUCCUAUUUGACCAUUUUUGAAAUUUCUCCUUUUUUCUCAAGUUUUCUUUUUGAGAAAGCCGAAAAAAACACCUAGAAGAAAAUAAACUCAUUGGGCUUCAGCCUGCGCAAAUCGAUUUCUGCGGCUCUCCUUUUUGUUGUUCUGUUUUUCCCCCAUUCUGGGGUCUUUUCCAUAUUGAGUCCUGUGAUUUUCUCUGACUUUUCAAAAAAAAAAAACAAGAAGAUCAAUUUUUUAGUUCUCCAAAAAGAACUUCGUUUUAGGCACUCAAAAAAACUCAAAAAAAUCCUUAGUAAUUUCAAUUUAUCUCUUCUUUUUUUACUCGACUUAUCUGUUUCUUGUACUUCAUGAAAGUUCCUGAAGGGAAAUGGACGACGAGAGGCCGAUAUGGGAGUCCAUACUUAUGUUGGAUAUUUACGCCAUCCUGGUUUGGGUAUACGAUCAUCUGCCCUUCGAAAUAAAAAUCCUACAUUUGGUGAAUUUUUUUCCUAUAAAAGGAAAAUUUUUCUGUAAACUUCUACUUUUUUCAAUGACUCAACUUAACUAUAAAUGAACUAUGGUUAAAUCUUGCCAAAUUGAAAUCCGGAGUUGAUAUUUUGGGAUUAUCAGCCGAAGUUUAUUUUUUUUUAUAAGCAACUAAAGUCAAGGAUGAUCAGACUAUAGUUCAAUCUACACAAAAUUGAAUCCGGAGAGAGUCUGUUGAAGUUAUUUUUCUGUAGAAGUUUAUUUUUUUAUAAAUAGCAUAAAUCAGUCGUGACUGGACUAUUAUCCAAUUUUCAUUAAGUUGAAAUCAGGAGUUGAUUUUUGCUAGUUUGGCUUUUUUCAUCAGUUUAAAUCAAUAGAGAUCAAAUUAUAGUUCAUUCUUCACAAAAUUGAAAGUUCAAAGGUUAUUUCUGUAAAAGUUCAAAUUUUCUUUCAAAACUAGCUCAAAAGAUCAAAAAAACAUGUUUCUGAUAUUUUUUUCAAGAUUUUAAAUUUCAUAUUUUUCAGGAUGGUCCUGCUGACGCUGGGUUUUGUGAUCCUCCUGGUGACGUGUUGCGGGUUCAUCUGCUUCUGCACGCCUUGCUGCCUCUGCGCGAUCAUCUACCGACGUCGGCAGGCGCGAAAAAACCGCGCCCAGGCCGAAUACCCCACUCCCACCGCACCUCCUUUGCUCGCCAAAGUUUGAAACAAAAACUUCCCUACAGGUUCUCACACUAAAAAUAUAAGUGUGGGAGAAAUUCUAUCUCAACUUUGAGCUUUAACAUCUAGAGUUUGAAACAGUCAAAUGAUCUUUGUUCUCCGUAUUUGUAAACGCGUAAUCGAACAAAAUUGAGCCUUUCUUUGUGAUUUUUACUUGCCCGAAUUGACAGAAAAUCGAUUAGUUCUCCCGAAAAAUUUUUAUUAAUAGUCCAUUCUUAGUGAUUAGCAAGAAAGUUCAUUUCGAUAGCUGUCUAAUACUUUCUCCCAAGUUACCGUUGAAUGGACUAACUUUUUUCCAAUUUUCCAGAUUCGAAAAUUAUUGAUUUUUUUUCGCUGCAUUUGUUCACUAAAUUUUCUGACACUUUGUAUCUUACUAUACAAAAACUUUCUUUGUUUCUUUCUUUUUUUGCCGGAUCUGUUCAAUAUUAGUUUCGGCGGGUUAUUUGGUUGAAACUUUCCUUUUUUUCCAAUUGUUUUUGUACUUUUCCACCAACCAAAGAUGCAUUCGAUAUUUUGAUCUCUUUUUUUAGAGAUGAAUAAUGAUUUUUCUGCCAAAUACUUGUAUGUAAAUAAAGCUUCAAACGAAGAUUUUGUUCAGAUUUUGAGCAUGUUUUUGAAGAAAAAAAGGUUUUUGAAUUUUUUAGGUUUUUUCCAGGGCUUCCAUUUUUUUCUGUUUGAAAGCAAUAUUUAGGCCAAAAGUUGCGUGUUGAAGACGAUUUUGACACGACAAUGUCUCUCACCGUAGAAACACCCAUAAAGGGCAAAUGAUCGUGAAAUAUGAAUAACAGGAUUGUAAAAGUGCUCCCACCCCCUCUUCUUCUGGAAGACGCCGUUAAAAUGCACAUAACGUGGCGCGAUCUCCGUGAAUUUGCCACUUUUUUGACAUUCUGUCCUCAAGGUGCAAUUGUUUUUCAUAUACUUUUUGCUGUGGUCUUUUCUCAUGGCUUAAUAUCUUUGAAAACCUUGAAAAUACAGCUCGAAAGUAAUUUUUAAGCAAGUAAACUAUUUUUUUCUUUUGCGAAAGCUUUUAAUUUAAAGUGCAACUCAGUUUAGACUUAAUACAGAAAAAUUCGACAAUUUUAUUUAGGGUUUUGAAUUUUAAGCCGUUCAAAUAAAACUUCGAUUUCGUAUUGAUUUAAAAAGUAGAGGUUUUACAGCGUUUUGAAACGUUAUAACUUGGCCGAAAUUGUCGUAAAAAUGUUUUUAAAAUGGUUUUAGGAUGUUCCAAAGUACGUCUUAAGUGAAUUCCAGCGAACUUUCAAAAAUGUUUUUUCUCAUUUCUCUUGAAAGUUAUCGAAAAGAUCGAAUCGAAGUUCGAAUCCAUUUGGUCUUUUUUCUUGAUGGAACGUUUUCACAACAUCGUAUCGAUCACAAAAUGGAUUAUUUGAUUUGCCGCGAGAAAGCAUUUUUGACUUUCCUUUUCUCAAAAUCGUGUCUAAUUAUAUUUUCCGUCGGGUUUUGAUCAAAUCUCUGAAAAUGACCUGUAUUUGUUAAUGGAAUGUAUAGACAUAAAAGCUGAAAAAAAAAACCAAAAAGCCUUGACAUCAAUUUUAACCGAAUCCAAGAACUUUUCAACUUUUUGGAUCCAUUUUUGACAGUUUCAAGGAGUCUAGAACUAAACGGAUACUCAAGGUCCGUCUCAAAGUGACUUGAAGAUCAUUUUCCUGUUUCAAUUGUCUUCUCAAACAGUUUCUCACAGUUUCAAGGCACUGAUAACGCAACUUUCUUCGAAAUGGAUCAUUUUUAUCCUGGUUAGCACUUGAUUCGCUCGUAAGGAGAUCGACACGGAUUCCCCAAACAAAAGCGUUUUUCGAAUUGGGUUAAGCGGUGGUAGGUCAAACUAGGACAGAUAGGCGGAAUCGGUGGUGGUCGUGUGAGAUUCUUCGCUAGAGGCCGAGACCCUCUCCAAAAAGGUUCGGCCUUCAAUUCGAGAAGUGGCUGGAGGGGCGCCUCGUUCUUUUGAUAACACUAUUGAUUCUGAGGCACCAGGUUUUUUGAACUACUUCUCUCUUUUUUUUCUGCCCCAUCGCACCGACCGCUGGUUCGUUCUCUAAACUUCUCUCUUUCACAGUGAACAUUUGGUUUUUUGUCUUUUUCCUUCGAUUUUGCAUAACCAAACUGGAAAAGUGAAGUUUUUAGAUGGACUGUCUGGUUCAUGAUCCCGACUUGCCGUCUUGUGCAACCGAACCGACGGAAACUUUUCCUGGAAGCUUGGAUUUGAACAAAUCUUCGCCAAAUGAUGUCCUUUGGGCGGUAAGAUUUAGAAAAAAUUAUUUUUUUAAGGUCGAUCUGAGAGAAUCCUCGUAUGGCUUCUUACAAGUAAAGUAUGUUUGAAAGUGAAAAAAGAUCUUCUGCGAUUUUUUUCUGUUGCAAGUUAAUAUUGAUUGCAGUUUGAAUUAUUCUGAAAUAAUAAAUUUUUAAAAGCGCACAGUGUUCGAAUGACUAAAAUCCUUCAUUCAUCAAUAUUUUUUCCAGUUCAUGAGAGCCAGCGGAGCGUUUUUCACGAAUCAAAUUCAAACCCCCGUUAAGGUUAGUGCCGCGUUUUUUGAGAAUGCUAAAAGAUUUAUUUUAGGCAACGCCCAAGCCAAAAGAGUCGUUCUCGCCUACAAAAUGUAAUUUCCAUAUUUUGAACUUUUCAAUCGGCCUUUUUUAGGUUCCGAAGGUGCUGAGGACGUGUUUGAAGAUGAAGUUCUCGCUAAUGAAUUGUUAGAAAUUUCGGUGAGUGUUUUUUGGAUUUUGGAUAGCAUUCUCCACGUAGAUCGUGAAUUGAAAAACAGAAAAUUUCACCAACAUUCACAAAUAAAAUUAUUUGAAAUGUGGUUAUGGGAUUUCGAAAAUAAUCUCAACCAGAAGAUGAUUUGCCUGUUCCAGAAAGCCACCGCGGCCAGAACAGUGAGCAAGAAAAUCCCUCGGCUAGGCUCCCCAGUCAAAGGUUUUUCUUAAUCUUCGAUGUCAUUCAAAAGAAGAAAAAUAACUCUUUUUAGUCUCAAACUUAGCUCGAAUGUUCACUGCCAGAACUGAGGAGCUUAGAAUGCCCAUCGAAUGCGUUUGUCAUUGUUGUUUCGGAAAAAUGGUCGCCGGCCAUCGUACUGUUCUGUACAAAGGCAGCUCGAGGUCUUAUCCUUGCUAUAGGUUGGUUGAGAAGCUUUUUUGUUGGGUAAGAGGUAUUCCAUUCAUGCUCUGGAGGAUUUUGGAAAGUUUUUUGUUGAACAGAGGUUUUUGAAGGCUUCAUAUAUGUCAAGAAGUGUAAAAACUAGAAUUUUAUAUCAUUAUCUCCCGAUAAACAAUUUGUCUCAUAAUUUUGAAGACUCAAGACAGAAAACGGAAAAGAAGAAAUUCAAGGAUUUUCUAUAAAAAAAGUACUUUCUGGUGACUUUUUAAUUGCAUAGAAUCCAGGUUCUUAUAAAGUAAUCCAUUAGAUAUUAAAAAUUUCAAGGCCUUAAAAAAUUAUCGUCGAAAAACUGGAUCUAACUUUCUGAAUUUCCAUUAGACGCUCUGAAAUUCGUAAAAGAAGUUUCGAGAGAAUUUUUCAAAUAGAUCCCUGUUCCAGAUGCACCAGAAAAGGCUGCCAGACCUUCGCGUCAAUGACACAGCUGCAUAAAAAACUCGUGGUAGCAAGAUCCGGAAAUCUGAGGAAAAGAAGAUUUUCCCGAAGUCCGACUCCACAAGAAGAAAUCGAAAUCAAACCGAUCCUUCCAAUCAUGGCGGAAGCCUCCGAUGCAACUUCGUUCAGUACUACUUCACUGCAGCUGAACAUACCUGAGUCGCCUCCAAAAAUGGAGCCGGGCGUGUCGAAGUCGUACCCGAACUUGAGCGCUCUUCUGGGAAGUGCUCCUCCAGCUCCGAAAAACUUCAGAGACAACUUCGCCCCUGUGGACUCGAGGACUCCUCCGACGCAGCAUCUUCUGAUGAUCGCCAAUAAAUAUCAAGGUUUUUGAGAUGAACCUUCCAAAGACUGUUGGUAGAAAGUGAAGAAGUUCCAUAAUUGGAAAUGGAAGACUGGUAGACAAAAAACUGAUCAGCUCAAUCCAAAAGGCUUGGAACUUCUAUAGUCCAUCCACCGAAUUUUUUUUUAGCUUUAGAAAAGUCAGGUCAACGAUUUUUCGGCUUGGAAUGAUUGCUUGCUUUUUUUGUGCAUCUGAAACCCUAAAAAAAUUAAUAAACUUGAAUUAUAAUUGCAAAAACCAGCGCUAUCAAAUUAUAUUAACUUUCCAGCACCCCCUCCUGAACCAAGCAUCUAUGGACCUCUUUGGGAACAAAUCCUGAAGAUCCUGCAAGCUGGCCAAAAAUAA